AUGGUGUUGAUGUUGCUGAGGUGGCGGCAUGAUGACAGGUGUCCCGAGCGCAGACGGUGGGAAAUGAUGGCCCGGGGGAAUGGACACCGGUUGCCCCACGGGGGCCCCACCACCGUACACCAAUCCCAGCCCGUUUAUUGCACUGUUGGGUCUUCCUUGCUUGACUAUGGGAGGAUUCGCGUGUUGAUUGUGAUGAUGAUGUGGCGCGGGAGACGGGACUUCACCACCGUUGAUGCUGGUGAUGUCAUGUAUGCUCGAUCUUCUCCUCUCUCUGUUGAGGGAGUUGAGUCGGAUGAAUCCAGGGAAUCCCUUUACGUCGUUCCUGGUCAGAUCUACUCGACCCUCCUUUACUUGACUGACCACCGGAGGUGGACACUGCUCCGCAGUCUCCCGAGACCAAAUAAUGUUCCUUAUGGGAGUACGGAGGUUGGCUGGCCGUGUAAUUAG